GCCGCGGCCGUGAGUGUGACGCGGGCGUCCGCGACCGGCGCGGGAUGGAGCCCCGCGGAUUUCAGUUUAUCUGACUGCUAUAUGAAAGGAUGAUUGCUCACAAACAGAAAAAGACAAAGAAAAAACGUGUUUGGGCAUCAGGCCAGUUCUCUACUGAUGUUACAACUUCUGAAAUGGGGCUCAAAUCCAUAAGUUCCAACUCCAUUUUUGAUCCGGAUUACAUCAAGGAGUUGGUGAAUGAUAUCAGGAAGUUCUCCCAUAUGUUACUAUAUUUGAAAGAAGCUAUUCUUUCAGAUUGUUUUAAAGAAGUCAUUCAUAUACGUCUGGAUGAACUUCUCCGUGUUUUAAAGUCUAUAAUGAAUAGACAUCAGAACCUCAAUUCUGUUGAUCUUCACAAUGCUGCAGAAAUGCUUACUGCAAAAGUGAAAGCUGUAAAUUUCACAGAAGUUAAUGAAGAAAACAAAAAUGAUCUCUUCAGAGAAGUGUUUUCUUCCAUUGAAACCUUGGCAUUUACCUUCGGGAAUAUUCUUACAAACUUCCUUAUGGGAGAUGUAAGCAAUGAUUCAUUAUUGCGAUUGCCUGUUUCUCGGGAAAGUAAGUCUUUUGAAAAUGUUUCUGUGGAAUCAGUGGACUCAUCUAAUGAAAAAGGAAACUUCUCUCCUAUGGAACUAGACAAUGUGCUAUUAAAGAACACUGGGUCUAUAGAAUUGGCUUUGUCAUAUGCUAAAACAUGGUCAAAAUAUACCAAGAACAUAGUUUCAUGGGUUGAAAAAAAGCUUAGCUUGGAGUUGGAGUCAACUAGAAAUAUUGUCAAGUUGGCAGAGGCAACUAGAACUAACAUUGGAAUACAAGAAUUUAUGCCAUUGCAGUCUCUAUUUACCAAUGCUCUUCUUAAUGAUAUAAAGAGCAGCCACCUUUUACAACAGACAAUUGGAGCUCUCCAAGCCAACAAAUUUGUGCAGCCUCUACUUGGGAGAAAGAAUGAAAUGGAAAAGCAAAGGAAAGAAUUAAAAGAACUUUGGAAACAGGAACAAAAUAAAAUGCUCGAAACAGAGAUUGCUCUUAAAAAGGCAAAAUUGUUAUGCAUGCAACGUCAAGAUGAGUAUGAAAAAGCUAAAUCUUCCAUGUUUCGUGCAGAAGAGGAGCAUCUUUGCUCAAGUGGUGGUGGAUUAGUAAAAAAUCCCAACAAGCAGCUAGAAAAAAAAAGAAGACUGGAGGAGGAGGCUCUGCAAAAAGUAGAAGAAGCAAAUGACCUCUACAAAGUUUGUGUGACAAACGUUGAAGAAAGACGAAAUGAUCUAGAAAAUGCCAAAAGAGAAAUCUUAAUUCAACUUCGGAAACUUGUUUUCCAGUGUGAUCUUACUCUGAAAGCUGUAACAGUUAACCUCUUCCAGAUGCAGCACCUACAGGCUGCCUCCCUUGCAAAUAGUUUACAGUCUCUCUGUGAUAAUGCCAAGCUCUACGACCCAGGCCAAGAGUACAGUGAAUUUGUCAAGGCCACAAAUUCAGGCGAAGAAGAAAAAGUUGAUGGGAAUGUAAAUAAGCAAUUAAUGAAUAGUCCUCAUACAUCUGGAUAUGGACCUACCGACUCUAUGGAAGAUGUUGUACGCCUUCCCGACAAUUCUAAUAAGAUUGAAGAUGACAGAUGCUCUAACAGUGCAGAUAUGACAGGUCCUUCCUUUAUAAGGUCAUGGACGUUUGGGAUGUUUAGUGACUCUGAGAGCACCGGAGGAAGCAGUGAAUCUAGAUCUCUGGAUUCAGAAUCUAUAAGUCCAGGAGACUUCCAUCGAAAACUACCACGAACUCCAUCCAGUGGGACUAUGUCUUCUGCAGAUGAUUUAGAUGAAAGAGAACCACCGUCUCCUUCAGAAACAGGACCCAAUUCCCUUGGAACAUUUAAGAAAAUAUUGAUGUCAAAGGCAGCUCUCACUCACAAGUUUCGCAAAUUGAGAUCCCCCACUAAAUGUAGAGAUUGUGAAGGCAUUGUAGUAUUUCAAGGUGUUGAAUGUGAAGAGUGUCUUCUUGUCUGUCACCGGAAGUGUUUAGAAAAUUUAGUCAUCAUUUGUGGUCACCAGAAACUUCUGGGGAAAAUACACCUAUUUGGAGCCGAAUUCACACAAGUUGCUAAAAAGGAACCAGAUGGCAUUCCUUUUAUACUCAAAAUAUGUGCCUCAGAGAUUGAAAAUCGAGCCUUGUGUCUACAGGGAAUUUAUCGUGUAUGUGGAAACAAAAUAAAAACUGAUAAACUGUGUCAAGCUUUGGAAAAUGGAAUGCAUUUGGUAGACAUUUCAGAAUUUAGUUCACAUGACAUCUGUGACGUCUUGAAGUUAUACCUUCGACAGCUCCCAGAACCAUUUAUUUUAUUCCGAUUGUACAAAGAAUUUAUAGACCUUGCAAAAGAGAUCCAACGUAUAAAUGAAGAACAAGAGACAAAAAAGGAUCAUCCUGAGGACAAAAAGUGUUCAAGCAUAUGUAUAGAAAUAAACCGAAUUCUUCUGAAAAGCAAAGAUCUUCUAAGACAAUUGCCAGCAUCAAAUUUGAACAGCCUUCAUUACCUCAUAGUACAUCUUAAGCGGGUUGUAGAUCAUGCAGAAGAAAAUAAAAUGAACUCCAAAAAUUUGGGGGUAAUAUUUGGACCAAGUCUCAUUAGGCCACGGCCCACAGCUGCUCCUGUCACCAUCUCCUCUCUUGCUGAAUAUUCAAAUCAAGCACGACUGGUCGAGUUCCUAAUUACCUACUCACAGAAGAUCUUUGAUGGGUCCCUACAGCCCCAGGAUGUGGUCGUGUGCAGUACAGCUGGUGGUGCACUUCCCAUUGAGCAAGGUUGUCUUCCAAAGCCUCUGUUAUCCCCAGAAGAGAGAGACCCAGAGCAUUCCAUGAAGUCACUGUUUUUCUCUUCAAAGGAAGAGAUCCAUACUGCAGACAGUGAAAGCAAAAUUUUUGAACCAGCUACAUCAUUUGAGGAAUCAGAACGCAAGCAGAAUACAUCAGAAAAAUGUGAUGCAUGUCUCAUUGACCACAAAGUGCGUCUGCUUGCAGACCAGGAGCUUGAAUCAGUACCAAACAAGCAGGAAAUUGUUUGUAAAACGUCCAAGGCGCUUGCUCUGAAGUCUGAUAGGGAAACAAACAGUGUGGGGAGGCCGCCUCCAAGGAUCAAGAUCAGACCUGUGAGCUUACCCGUAGACAGACUGCUACUUCUUGCAAGCCCUCCUAUUGAGAGAAAUGGAAGAAAUAUGGGAAAUGUAAACUUGGACAAGUAUUGCAAGAAUCCUGCCUUCGAAGGAGUUAAUAGGAAAGAUGCCCCUAGUAUUGUUUGUUCCAAAUUUGAUGACUUUGACCUGCAAACUCUCCAAAAAACUCAGGAGAAAGAAUAUGAACAGGAUGACUUGGCUGCAAAAACUGCAGUGAUUGUGCCCAAUGUCCUCCAGGAAAGAGGGGUGACAAGCAUCAGGAUCAGCGGGGACCACCCAGUCAGUGCCACCCAGCCCAGUAAGCCAUACCCGGAACCAGUCAGAUCAGCAAGACAAAUGUCAGAGAAACGGUCCUCUGACUUGUGCCCUCUGACUUCUGUCAGAGCACCCAGAACUCUGCAGCCCCAGCACUGGACAACCUUUUAUAAACCUCGAGCUCCCACUGGCAGCCCAAGAGGCAGUGAAGAGAAACCUGCAGCAUCCUCUGCAGCCUCUCCUCAUGGCACAGCUCACCUUCCCCAGGCACACGUGCUGCAACCAACUCCAGACUCGGAAAACAUAUCCACUUGUCCUCUGCAGCCGACGAGUAAGCCAAGAGAAAACUCUGAGGAGCACGGCUUGCCUGAUGUGCCUCCAACCUGUCAGAGACCAAGGCUAAAACGCAUGCAACAGUUUGAAGACCUUGAAGAUGAAAUUCCACAGUUUGUGUAGGAUUAUCAGAAUCUAGCUUUUCAUUUUGUUGUUGUUUUGUGUUCUUGUGUUUGCUUUGUGAAAGAACAUUUUGACGGGGCCCCUUAUAUAUAGGAUUGCCAAAUCAUGCUGUUGUACUGUGUUAUCCUGUGUUGGUUUUAUUGAAUGGUAGAAUGUUUUGAUAGGGCCAUAUUUGUGCCUCACUGGAAUUAAACUUAAAUCUGUGUUUUUGAAGUUGUGAAUAAAUAGGUGGACUCACUUUUUUAAAAGUUCAGUGGAUUUUCCCCAUACAAUAAUUCAUUUAAAUGUAUCCCUAAUAUAUGAUGUAGUUUUCAACUAAUAGGUGCAAUUGGGAAAACUCAGAUUUAUUUUUUUGAAGUGAAACUAAGUGCUUAUUUAUAAAAGAAAUGUUUCUGAAUGCAAGUGCCUGAAAGAUCUUUCCUAUGAUCGUUUUAUUCCCCACACAAUUUUAUAGUGCAUCUUUGGCCAUAUUUGCUUUUAUUGUAUGUAUGUAAUCUUUUACUUUUUCAGUUGACAAUUCAUUUAGUUUUUAAUAUCUACCUAAUGCCCAAAAGUCUUGCAAAUCUGUAUUUAAUUGCAUCUUAGUUGCCAGUUUUUACAUGAGAGUAAAUUAUACAAAGAAAAUGCACUUAAACCUGUUUCUAAAUUAUAUAGUUCAGUUAUGUCUUAUUUGACUUUUGAUGGUUUUAAUACAUUUAAUAGUUGUUCAGCAAUUCUGAACCUUUUGAUAUUUUAUAUAAUGGUCCCCAAAAAAGUUUUUAAAUUCAGUGCAUUUCCUCUUGUUUUUGUCUGGGUUGUUUUUGUUUGUUUGUUUUUUUUAAAAAAAAACUAUUCCUUUUGUAUGAAAAGUUUUCACUUAUGAAUAUAAUUUUAUAUACUUUUCCUACCAAGACUUUUAACUAUUGACAAUGUAUGUUUCAUUUGAAUCAUGCGAAGAUUUAUUUAAGUUGGUUAUUAGAGUAUAGUUAAGUAAGCCUCAUUGUUUGGAAUUUGAGAGGUGUAGAUAGAUGUUCAGAUUGAUAUCAUUUAUAAAACUCCCAGUUUGUAGAACUAAUGAAGUUCUUUUAUUUUCUGGGUUUGGUCAUUUUGCCUAAAAUAGGAUAUAAAAAGGGACAAAAAAAUAAAAUAGCCUCUUUUUGUAAGUGUGAAUUCUAUUUGUAGUAAAUGCUUUUGUAUGGCCAUGUUAUAAUUGAUUUUAAAAUAUACAUAGAUAUGUAUAUACGCAGACCCCCCACACACGCAUACAUAUACAUAUAUACAUACAUACAUAUACAUACACACACAUACACACACACACACACACACACAUAUAUAUACCUGUUGAAUGUUUUCAGCUCCUCAUAGCAUCUCCGAAAUUGUUUGAUCUUUAGUUAUGACCACUAUGGAUUAGUGGUUAACACUUAGGCUGAUACAUGCCUUGACUAUAAUAUGAAUGUACUUUAUAGGAAGCUUUAUAUAUAUAUAGUUCCACAUGGCAUUAAGGACUAGGGAGAAAUAAAUAACCUACCCUUUUGUGCUAGAGCCUUGUUUGUGAUGCUCAUUGUACAAAAUAUAAAGGACUGGUAUUGUUAAAAAACCUAAAAAGAAAAUAAGAGCCAGCAUUUUUUGUGUGCCAUGAACUCUGCUAAGUUCCUACAUAAAUAAUUUGGUUUCACAUUCACAGCAGCCUUUGAUGGUUAGGUAUUUCAUUAUUCCUUUUGUUACAGGUAAGGAAACUAAGGGUUAGUUAUAUGUUCUAGAUAUAACAGUUGGAGUUAAAUCGCAAAUACAGGACUGUAAGAUUCUGAUUGUUAGUGCUCUUUAUGACUAAUUACAACGUGGUAGCAGAUGGUGUUUAGCAAAACAAAAUGCACUUAAAAAAUUUUUAUUAUAGUAAAAUAUUCAUAACAUGAAAUUUACCAUUUUCACAAAUUAGAAAGCAUGCUUUUAGAUUCCUUUUAGUUUUCUUUUAAUGUAUGAGACAAGCCAAAGACAGUAUUGUAUCAACUAGCUUCUCUAUUUCCCUCACUGUUAAGCCUCACAAAUGAGACUUUUACUUUGAUUCCUGUCUACCUUUAGGACCAUCUUGUCCAGAUUAAACCCUCAGUUUUAGGAUGCUUUCUAGUUCCUUGGGGGCAUAAAUUAGCAAAUAUCUCCUAAGAAGAUGUCGCUGUUUUUAGAGUACCCGCACUAGCCCUGUGCCCUGCUGUGCAGGAGUGUGGCAGUCACUCAUCGGGAAGUUGUUUUAUGACACGUGGAAAGAAUUUGAGCCAAGGGAAAGGACAAUAGUGGGGAAUCCUUUUAGAGCUGCCAGACCACCAGGAAGCUUUUUUUGGAAAGCAUAUUGUUCAAGUUUCUGAGAAGUCAUUUGUGAGGGGUUGGUCAUGACAUCCCUAGAUAGAUUUGUUUAAAAUGCUUAAUUAGAAUUUAUGAGAACUUAAUUAGAAUUUAUGAGUCCUUAAAAUUACUUUGCAUGCACCUUAGGCAUUGUGUUUCUUUUGAUACAGAGAUGAAGAAGAUAGGUCCCUCUGAGGGACUUGUUGCCUAGAGAGCUCAGAAGCAAAUAGAACCAUACCUCUCUUGGUGGUUUAAAAAUGGUACUGUGACUACACUAUUCCAGGUAACACUGUAUUUGUACCACUAUAAAAAUUCUUUUAAGUGGCAACCAUUGCAUAUUUUUAAGACAAGCUAUAGUCAGUAUAAUUCUUUGGGUUUCUCUUUCUUAAAGACAGAAGAUUACCUUAAUGUAUGGAUAUGAGUGUAUAUGUAGACAAUUCAGUAACACCCAAUGAGUUUAUGUGCUGCAUUCUUAUGCAAAGUUAUGUGCUGAAAAGUUGUAGCAUUCAUAAUCAGUACGAAAAAAUGGUUGUAUUCUGGUGUAUUAGCAACUAAUAGAAAAUGAAAGUUUUUAGAAAGAUCUCUUAAAUAAAAGCUUAAAAAAUUCAAAGUACCUAUGACUAAAUAUAACAAGAUCUUCAUGGAGUAAAUUUUAGACUAUAUCGAGAGCCACUCAUUCUAAAUGGAGUGUUCUAUGAUAUACAUGGAUUGGAAACUUCAAAUAUACAGAUGUUCUUUGAUCUUGUAUUUUAUAGAUUCAAUAUAAUCCAUCAAAUGUAAUUUGGAGCCAUUUCAAAUUAAGUUAUAGACAUGAUGCCCCAUUACUCCUAAAUACUUUAGUGAUAUUUUCUUAACCCUUGAACACUCCUACGUAAUCAUAGUAUGACCAUCAAAACCAGGAGAUUAACAUAUGUUUAAUCAACAGGCCACUUUCAAAUCUUGCACAUUGCCCUGAUGAUGUUCCUCUCUGCUCUGUUGUCUAAGUGCAGGAUUAUGUGGAUUUAGUUAUCUUGUCUUUCACCUCUUUCAAUCUGCAAUAGUUUUUCAGGUCUUUUUUUUUUUUUCCAUGACCAUGAAACUUGAGAUGUAUAGGGUUUAUCUAAUAAUUCCCAUGACUAAAUUCAGGUUAUACAUUUUUUGUCAGAAAUAUUGCUGUAUUCUUAUUAGAGGAGAUGCAAAAUAUCAAAUUGCCCCAUUCAUGGGGAAACUAACUUUUGAUUAGGAUAGUACCCGUCAGGUUUCUCCUUUGUAAGGUUAAUUAAAAAAAACCUGUGAGAUUUUUUGGGGACUAUGUAAAUGCCAUGUUCCUCAUCAAAUUGUCACCAGUUUUGAGUCCAUUAACAAUUCUUUCCUGGAUCGGUUAUCACUAUUCUGGUUGCCAAAUGGGUGAGUCCAUCUUUGCUUAAGCUUUGAUAAUUCUGCAUAAGGAAGAGCAGUCCCUUCUCCAUUUGUUCAUUUGUAUCAGUAUGGACUUUCGAAUUCAUACAUUAAUCAGUGAGUUAGAAUAUAUCACUGUCAUUUACUUAGAUACUGAACUUUUCCCAGAUUGAGUCUGCGGAAGUCCCUUCAAGCUUACCUCUACUUUUGGCUUUUUGGCCCAUGUUUUCUUGCCACAUCAUGUUGUUCCAAGCUUAUGCUUUUCCCCACCCUAGCCCUUUUCCAAAGAACCCUGAUUCCUUUAAAUGGAAAAUAGUAUAUUGGAGACCAAGAACUGGAAAGUGCUCAUUGCUGCUGGAAUGUCAUUGCUUGUAAACCCUGUUGGUGCACAGAUAAACAAAUACCAGUGUGUAUAUACACAUAGACAUGGUCUGUCUGUUUAUCUACACAUAUACAUUGAAACCCUUGAGUUCAUCCCGAUACUUAUAGUUCUAACUCAGUAUUUCAGGGUUAGUCCUGUCCAUAUUUGUAAUUCCUUUUCCUCAUAGAAAUCUGGCUCAUAAAAUCCUAAAUAUGUUACUUGCUCACUUUAUUUUCCAACCUCCUGAUAAUGCCAGCUGUUGCAAUGGCCCACCUAGCCCCAAAUAUACCAGAUACUCAGCCAUUCUUGACCUGGUCCUGACCACACAUCCCUAACAGGCCAGUCAAAUCAUAGCCUGUGUUGAGGACCAGGCCAAAUGAUUUCUUGGCCCCAGUGAUACCAAUCCUGACCUCACCAUUUAAAUCCUGGGUCCUGGUCAUCUAGUUGAAUCCUCAGCCCCAAGUAGAAGGGAGGAAAGGGACAAAUUCAUGAUCUUUUGAAAGUCAGUGACUAUUA